CUCUUGUUCGAGCACGUUAUCUUGUUGCAAGCAGGACCAUCUGAUUGAGCUUUUCGUUCGAAUCACGAUGUCAAUCGCACCUCACAAAUUUAGAGUCGCAAUCUGCGGCGGAGGGCCCGCAGGCCUCUCCCUCGCUGCUACGAUAGCACGAUUCAAUGACGCUACUGCCCCAGUUGCAUUUGACAUAUAUGAGGCUCAGCCUGUUAUAGGGACUGUUGGAGCUGGGAUCAACGUGUAUCCACGCACACGCCAGAUGUUAGAGCGUCUGAACCUCAUGGGUAAGCUUGCAGGAGAGAUCGGUGCAGAAGAAGGGCAAGAAGCCGGGAGCGCUGCCUUCGAUUUUCGCAAGUCGGAUCAGUUGACUGAGGGGUACAAUUUUUGCAGAAUGGUCGCAAGCACAUUACUGAUCCAUCGGUCUGCACUGAUCACUGCUUUACAAGCCGGGUUCGAAUCGUACUCUCAUUACACAGUUCAUACUUCGGCACGCCUUGUGUCUUACAUGCGUUCCUCGGACGUAGAGACAGGAUCGCCUAUCACGCUUCAUUUUGCUGACGGCACGACUGCCACCGCAGAUGUCCUCAUUGGCGCGGAUGGAAUCCGCUCGGCCGUACGAUCAACGAUGUUUGAGGGAUCGUUGGCAGGACCGCGCCCUAAAUGGACUGGAACUAUCGUAUAUCGGAGUUUGAUUCAACGCGAAGCGUUGGAUGCAGUCUGGACAAACCACCGGGCUUCAAGAUCUCUCACAAUCUAUUGUGGUAAUGAUAAACAUAUUGUCUGUUACCCAAUCUCGCAAGGAAACUUGGUGAAUUUUAUUGGAUAUUACACCGUACCGAACGGAGAAGGAACGUCCUUCGACGACAAGUGGGUACGCGAUGUGUCUGCGGAGGAAGUGCAGGCUUGUUAUUCUGGAUUUGAACCCGAAAUUCAAGCCCUGCUCAAGUGCCUCGAUAAAGUAGCUGCCUGGGCCGUGCAUGUCAUGGACGAUGUUUCUAGAAGUGUAGAUGGACGGGUCGCUAUAAUGGGCGAUGCAGUUCACGCAAUGGAACCACACUUUGGCGCAGGUGCAGGUCAGGCGAUGGAGGAUGCCUACAUCAUUGGCAGGCUCCUUACUCACCCUCUAACGACGCGCGAGCAGAUCGCUACUGCCCUCGCGAUAUAUGAGGACGUGCGCCUGAAGUUCACCUUGGGAAUUGUAUCGAACGCGAGAAAAAUUGGCAAACUCUAUGAAUUUGGUGGAGAUCACCGCCCUUCUGCAGAUGGUGACGAUCGCAAUUGGGCGAAGAUGUGGGGUGAUGAAGUCUCGAGGAUGUGGCAGUGGCAGCGGAAUACCGAUGCAGUGGAUGAGGAUUGGAGUCAGGCGGAAAAGCAAUUGGUCGACGCCGUUCUGCAUAACAAACAUUCUGCGGCAUGACUGUCUCUAAAUCGACUCAAAUUUGUCGUAUUCGGUGAGGACGUUAUAGUCUGCGGAUCCGAGCGAACACUACGCUCGAACGUGGGCAUGCAGGAAUCAAGAACAUCUAGUAUUCAUACAGAACAGUUCUAGCGGUACAGUGCAUACAGCUUUCAACAUCAUUUAACUUAU